ACGCUUUGGCCAAGGCAACCGCGAUGGAUCAGGACGAGGCGUUGAUGGCCCUGGACAAUAUUGUCACUCAGUUCAACACUUACGAAGAUUUCCUCGACUCGCAGAUCACAACCGUGGACUUGUACUACCUGGAGGAUGAAAGCCUGGCCCGCCAGCUGGUGGAGCUUGGCUACCGAGGGACUGGAGAGAUAAUAAAAAGGGCAGAUUUUGAAGCAAGGAAGGCAGCUAUAGAGAUUGCAAGGCUGGCUGAAAGAACUCAGAAAAAAGCACUAACAAGUGCUGGAAAAGACCUGAAAGAUAAUUUUUUGAAGGCCCUGGCAGUGAGAGAAGAAGACAAUCGCAAUGGGAAAGUGAGUUCUGUGAUCUUCAUUCGUGAUAAAAAUUCUCAUGGACAAGAAGUGUCAGGAUAUAUUGACUACGCCCACAGACUCAAGACUCAAGAUUUUGAAGUCUACUUUAAUGGGAAAAGAAGACUUCUUCCAAGGCCCACAGAUCUGAGUUUUUACAACUGGGACAGUCACACUGCUGUUUGUAACUCCACUCCCAAUUAUCAAGUGAUUGCUGACAAUCCAGAAGGCUUACUUUUCAAAUAUAAAAGAGAUAGAAAAAUUCUCAACGUGGACCCAAAGGCUCAACCAGGUGACAACUCCACUAGAAUCCCCAUCCAGACAGAUCUCUACAUACAAGCGAUCAUUUUCGACCACAUUUCCAGGAGGAAGACUUAAGCACCAACUUCUUAGGUGGUUUCCUCAUUGUUUGGUAAAUUUAAAUUGAUCCUGUAAUCAGAAGCAAAUUAGAAUCAGAUAAAUGAUUCUUGGUCCUGAUCCUUAGAAUAAUAAAAGUUAAUAUAGAAAUUAGAAAACUGUCAUCUUGCCUGUCUUUGUAUUGUACAGAUAGCCUCUUGAUGUGAUUUGGGGUUUUUCCUUUUCUUUCUUUUUUUCCCCCUUGAACACUGAGGCGAAUUGCAACAGUUCAUGAAAGAAAAUCUUGUUGCCACUUCAAAGAUACAUUAAUUGGUGACAUAUUGUGUAGCUCAAAUUUUCCAAAACAAAAAUGUUCCAGGUCCCAUUAUUGCCAAAUCUAGUAGACCAAAAUGAUGUCGUGUGGCACUGCUGGCAGUGCUGUCUCCCCAAAUCAAUGGCUAGUGAUAAGGGAUUUCAAGUAGGAGGACCGGUCUAGGAAAUGCUGCACUAAUGCAAGUGCUGAAUGAGCAAAUAAAAUCUGAAAUAUUUUGUGACAUGAUCAUAAAAUGAAUGAAAGUGUUUAAUAUGUUUAUGUGCCUGGACAACACGAAUCUCAGGACAAUGAAGCUGAGGAGAUGAAAUCUAAAGGAAACCAGAGGAUUUUAGAAAAAUGACUGCAUCACAAUGGAAAUGAACAUGUUUUCCUAAUGUGCCUUUCACAUAGCUUUCGUGAAGAAAAGAUACUAUGCAGAGGCCACUUUUUAUUUAAAAUUAAUAUUUGGAUCUUCUUCCCACUCAGUUCCCUUUCAUUUCUAAACAACUUAUUCCUGAGGCAAUUAGAUGGGGCUAAAUAAAGUGGGAGUCUCUUUGGUGUGUGGCAAUGGGAGAGUCCCAGACAGUGUCCAUUCAAAUGAGGUGAGAAGGGUGUAUCCAUGUGGGAAGCUGUAGAAUGGCACAAGAUGUCAGAUCCCAAGCAGGGUGAGUGGAGUACAGCUUAAAUUGCAAUUGCAUGUGUUUGAUCUCAUAAUUUUCAAUAUAUACAAUGGAUUGUGUGUGUGCAUGUGCACACCUCACCUGCAUGCUAUCAUGCCCACUGAGAGAGCCCAGCAGCAGCAACACCCCAGGAUCAGUGUCUUAGUUUCUCAGAAGCAUUUUCCAUUAAAAAUAAGCAGAAUCCUUGGGAAAACAACUGAUUUCAGGUUCAUGGAAGAGAAAAUUCAAGAGUCUGGAACAGACUUUUCCAGAAAGCAAAGAAGUACUCAUCAAAUAAGGAAGAUUUAUUAAAAGGACACAGAACCCAGUUCGGAGGAGCUCCCACUGGCCAAAUCAAGGAUAGUGGGCAUCAAAGCAACAAUAACAGCAAGAAUCAAAUAGGAAUCCAGAACCCAUACUGAUGCAUACACAUGAAUAAAUAGAACAAUGAUGAGGAAGUGGAUAUUUACCUCUCCACAAACACUUAUUGAUUCUAAAGGGACCAAGAGAAAUGGCUAGCAAAUACCACUUACAGGAAGUGAUGAAGAAUAUUGUCAGUAAUGAGGCAAACUGAAUCUGUGCCCUACCAAAUAAGAUUUAUGACUGAAUCAAUAUUAGUCAAAUAUCACAUCUUAAGUUGGACUAGCAAGGCUUCUCUCAUGCAAAGGAGAAAGACAGCAAAGUUGCAUAAGGCUCUGAAUGUAAUCAAAUGAAAUCAGACAAACCCAAAUCCAGGGACAUUAUACAAAAUAACUGGUCUGUAAUCUUUAAAAGUGUCAAAAUGAUGAAAUUGAAAGACUGAGAGACCAUCCAGACCAAAGAAUAGACACAUGACAACCAAUUAUAGCACAUAAUUCCAAGUUGAAUCCAUAUCCUGCAAAGGGCAUUUGGGGACAACUGGUAAAAAUCAAAUGGUUUCUGAAGAUUAGAUGGUAGUAAAGCAAAAAUGU